CUCUCUUUCUCUCUCUAGUUUUUUUCCCUCUCUCUCUCUAGAACUUUUUUGUCUGUUUAUUUAGUUUCUCGUCUGAAAAAAAUGGAGUUUAGGGUUAGGUUAAUUUUAGUUGUAACACAUUUGAAUGUUCUAAGAAGAGGUGUUGUCAAAUGUUAUCUGUUUCUAUUUUAAGACUUGUUCAGCAAGAAACAAAAAAUAAACUAACAGUUUCAGCUUUUCAAGGGGACAAAUUAAGAGCAAAAAUUAAAAUCAUCAUCGUCAACAACGUUAAUUUUUUUCUAAAAACAGAGCAAAAAACCAUGUUGCAGAACGUCGUCCAUCCAUCGUCCGAUCAGCUCUCCAUUGAUGAUGUCUCAAGCCCACUUAGUGCUCAAAUCUUGGAGUUUUGUGAUCCUGAUUUCUUGGAAACCCUACAAACUUCCGAGGUUACUUCAAGCUCAAACUACUGCUACGAUGAAAAUUCUCCGUAUGCAACCAAUCUCUUACUGCCACCUGACACAGACAACAAAAUCAAGAACAGCAGAGAUAAUAAUAGCUGCAAUACUACAACAAGCACCACCACUCCAACCACCACCAGCUCCGCCACCACGGCGGCUGCAAAUCCUAACAACAACAUGAGUACUUUAUCGAUGAUUUUCGACCCCCACGACGAACUGGACAACGAAAUUUCAGCUUCCAUUGAUUUCUCAAUGCCUCAGUUCAUCACCACUACGAAUCAACUACAAGACAAUCAUCAUCAGUUCGAUUUCUCCUCCGUUCAGCCUCAUCAUCAGCUCUCCGUUUCGCUAACGGACUUAGUUUCUGCAGAUGGAUUGACGUUGACUCAGUACCCUUCUGAUAACUCUGGUGCUCCGAUCAUGAUCGGGCCUCCAUUGCCGUCGGUUUUUGAAGAAGAUUGCUUGUCUUCAGUUCCGUCUUAUGUUGCUUUAAAUCCGUCUUCUCCGUCUUGUUCAUUUCUUGGCCCUGCUGGUCUUAGUUCUUAUAUGUCUAACUCUGGAUUAUCUGCUGAUAGCUCUGCAAUUUUUGGUAGUGGUGUUCUUCUUGGCUCUGAUUUGCAACCGCCGGAGUUGGAAUAUCAAGGUGAUAAUGCUGGAAUUUUCUGUCCGGAUUCGAUGGCUCGUGUUUUUAACACCGGAGACCUCCAGUCACUGAGCAAUGAAACUCAACAAUUUGUGAGUGGAACUGGAAAUUCUACAACUUUAACAUCAGAAAUGUCAAGCUUAGAAGAUUCUGCUUUCAAAGUUGGCAAACUCUCUGUUGAGCAAAGGAAGGAGAAGAUUCAUAGGUACAUGAAGAAAAGAAAUGAAAGGAAUUUCAGCAAGAAAAUCAAGUAUGCAUGUCGGAAAACACUCGCGGAUAGCCGUCCUCGAGUGAGAGGACGAUUCGCAAAGAAUGACGAUUUCGGAGAGACUAAUAGGGCAGCGUGCAGCAACCAUGAAGAAGAAGACGACGACGGAAUAAUAGUGAAAGAAGAAGAAGAAAUGGUUGAUUCAUCGGAUAUAUUUGCUCAUAUAAGUGGUGUAAACUCCUUCAAAUGCAACUAUUCAAUCCAGUCAUGGAUUUAAUUAGAGACAUUUCUACAAUUUUGCAAAAUGACCCUAUUUUACCCAGGAUUUUUAUGUUCUAUCUACCCUGGAUAAUUAAUUAAGAAACUAGAAUAAUUUGGGCCAUUUAAUUAUAUGUAAUAUCAUUAUAUUAUUGUAUAAUGCAGUCAGGGUAUAUACAAUUUAG